UCGAUAUUGAUCAGACAGAUCCUUUAUUCUUGUGAUGGAUCGAUUAUAAUUCCAGUCGGCAGGUGAUUGCUUUUAGCCAGUUUGUCAUGGUUACCGAUGAUCAAAUACGUUUCGUGAUUGUCGUUAUUAGCCAUGUGGGACAAAAUAUUAACUGAUCUCCAUCCGUGUGUUGAUUGUGGUGAGAGUGUGAGAAUUUGAUAUGGCAUGCUACGUGAAAAUAUCAGUGGUCACCAUAGGUUUAAUCAUAUCACUGGUAAGAGCUGAUACGGUAACCAGGGACGUGAUAAGUCAUUUGAGGAAGGAUCUUCUUGCACAACAAGAUAAUGCUGUUCCUCCGUUCAAAGGAAACUCGAAAUCAGUAGACGUUUCACUGUCCUUCACCCCAGUCACGAUCCUAGACUUGAACUCAGUCACCCAAAUGUUGUCUGUGACUGGAUAUCUCAAGGUAAGCUGGCUUGACUCGAGACUCACUUGGAAUGUUCACAAUCAUUCAGAUGUCCGAUUGAUGGAGGUAAGAAGUGGCGACAUAUGGACACCCACUAUUUCUGUUGGCAACAGUGUAUCAGACAUGAAUCCAGUGGAAACUCAGCUACCUGUUGUUGUCAUGCCCCAAGGGAACAUCAUCUGGCAAGUAUUGGAUGUAUUUCGAACUGUGUGUAAAAUAAACGUGUCACGAUUUCCUUUCGAUACUCAACACUGUAAGAUUGUGUUUGCUCCUUCGUAUGGAUACAAUGUCAAGAUCAUUUUUAAUGACGAAGAAGUUCCAGGCAAAGAUAAACUGGACGAAAAUGGGGAAUGGAAAAUGCUUAGCGUGUCCCAGAACCUCUCAUCAAUACAAACAUUUGAAAUUGCCGAAUACAUGCUCACAUUGGAAAGGAAAUAUGUUUACUAUUUCAUUAACUUUCUCUUCCCCAUGGGCCUCAUGUCCAUCCUUAACCCAUUCGUGUUCCUCAUCCCAGCUCGGUCUGGGGAGAAACUUGGCUUCUUGAUGGCUGUGUUUGUUUCUCAUACAAUGUUCCUGAGUCUGAUCCACGGCAACAUGCCGCCCACUUCGGACCGCACAUCCAGGCUCUCUCUGUACCUGUUGAUGAACGAGAUCCAAGGAUUCCUCACCAUCUUUGCUUCUAUCAUUGUGCUCGUGGUUCAUCACCAGAAAGAGGAGGCCCAGACCAACACAACAUCCUCGGACACAAAAUCUGAACCUUGCGGAUUCCGUGACUGGGAACGUUUUAUUGACUGUGUAUUAUUUGUCGUGUCACUGAUAAUGGCUGGGGGCAGUAUCUUGAUUCUGUGUAUAUAGUUUAAUCACUGAAUUAUGAAAUCUAAUAAUUGCUUCAUUGACAGAAUUAUGUGGACCUCGGGGAGGGGGUGGGAUGUUGCAAAGCAAACAACUCCAUUAACACCGCACAGCUAAGCUCAGAACCUUUCGGCCACCCCUUUGCUAAAUUGAAUUUCGAAGAACCCUAGUAGCUGGAAUAGCGUGGACGUGUCAAAACUGCGACUUAUAUGUGUAUAAAUAGAUAUGUGACUGCGUGCACCUGAUGCAAUAGCUGUAAGGGGUUCAUUAACAAUAUCACAAACAAAGCAAUGCACCCGUGCAGAAAUCUAAACCCUUUACAAAACCAGGUGAUUUGAAAAUUUCAGGUCAAGUUGACCUUCAUUUAGAUUUUCAAAAUGUAUUAUGUGUGUCAUGUAUUACAAACAACUCAUGGUUGUCACUAAGUACUGAAGUAUAUUUGUUGUUGAAUGUGGUAAAAAAGAUCUUGUAUUUUGGCUUGCAACAUGGUCUUUAUUUUUGUAAUAUACAGAAAGAAAAAAGUUAAGCACACGCUAAUAUAUUUCAUUAUUGUUUGGUCCCAAUAUUUGUAACAGUCAUGAAAGAUAUAAUUACGGGAAGAAUUAUGUUUCCUCGAGAUGAUGUAAUGAGUCAUGCGUGUCGAAAGCUCACGUGCCAUGCAUGGUGUGCCCGUGCAGCAUGCUA